AUGGACGUCUCACAGAGCAUAACGAGAAACCAGCGGCAGAUUCACACCAAAGUUGCGUCUGAAUUUCAACCCGAGACUCAUCGAGACAACGGCAUCCAGAGCCUGUCCGGCAGCGCUGGUUGCACCGCCACAAACCUUCCCACCAGCAGCGCCACAUCCACGCCUGGUCCAGCGCCUGCGCCACACCGCUACGGUUUGCGCGUGCCAAGAGCAUCUCGAGGCUCGUUUUCGACUCCCUCGCGUUGUCGUCGCACGGCUCAACAGCAACACGCCCAGCAUCUCUCGACGCCCACCAAGACGAGCGGCAGCGGCGCAGCGGCAAUUCGCACGGGCUCUCCGCUCAGCUACAGCAUCGGCCACUAG